CUGCUCUGAUUCGGAAGCUGGUAUCUUGUUCUGGACUCAAGUGGAAGGGCUCGUAGGACAUAGGACCAAUAAGGACGCUAGACUGCCCACACCGGUUGAACGUCAUUGGUUGGCCUAGUGUGAAGAUUCGUAUAAGUCGUAUUCGGAUUGGUAGAUAAGUCGUGUGACAGAAAAACCAGACACCCAAGGUCAUAACAAUUGGCGACGGGGUGGAGAAAAGUUUUGAACCCUCAACUUCAAGGUCAUAACAAUUGGCGACGGGGUGGAGAAAAGUUUUGAACCCUCAACUUCAAGGUCAUAACAAUUGGCGACGGGGAUUUUGGCAAAAACAAAAUAAUUGGGAGACGCAAGGUCAUAACAAUUGGCGACGGGGAUUUUGGCAACAAAUAAAUAAUAAUAAUACAAGUGGUGACUCAGAUUUUGGAAAUAAAUUAGCUGUAUAAUUGCCGGUGAUUUCUGGAGCUAAUAUUAUUGGCAAAAAAAAAAAUGUCGAUUUCUUUCGAACAGUUGCGGUUAAUAUUACAGCACCAGCAGAAGAUGUUGGCCUUGCAACAACAACUAUUUGAAACAGUUUUGGGCAGACUUUUCAUUCAACCAGAAAAUAAGGAAUCUAUUUAUGUUGCAGAUAAUGGUGCAGCAAUGGACAACUCAGAAGCAUAUCCUGUGGAGGAUUCACAUCCCCUUAUACCUGAAUCAGAACGUAAUAUUUGUAACGUAUCCGGCUCACAGCAAGAAAAUACUGUUCUAAAUGCUCAUGAAGUUGUGACAAUACCAGAUGAUCAAGAACCAGAUCCUGUAGAUGAAGCCCAGAGUCCAGAAUUGAAUGAAACGCUACUGGUUCUGUCUAGCUCUGAAAAUAAACUCCAGCUAGAACAAAAUUGUGGUCCACGUGCUAUUAGUCGAGAAAGCUAUGGUGACUCGUAUUCAGAAAAUAACUGGAGCAACACGAUGAACCAAAUUGUACCAGAUGUUACUCAAAAUCACCGGAAGACAGAAUUUUAUAUUGAGUCAACCUAUCCCAUUUCUAAUGACAGUGUGCCAGAUAUUGAUUCUCAGAAUAAUGCAUAUGAUUUUGAUGAAACUUCUUAUAACAAUGAGGGAAAUAUGUCAGCUGAGUCGAAUGAUGGCCAAAAAUCUAAUUUAAUUCUGUUAGACGUUGACUUUCUUAAUGACUCGUUAUCUGCUAACGAGAUUCAUAAUGAAUUUGAAAAUAAUGAACUCAGGUCAAAGGUCGUUCAUCAUCAUCUAGUCAUUUUUAGUGGCUUCUCCAGUCAAUACGAGAAACAUGGUUUAAAUAAAGUCCUACUAGUUGUAUUUUGGAGCCAUAAGGACCCAACAUUAUUUCGAGGAGGAGGAGAAUGUUGAGGAAUUUAAAGUCACAUAUGAUUCUUUUUUUAAUCAGAAUCUAAAGUUGGAAUUUUCAAAAAAAAAAGGGGAGGUGUUAUAUCCGGUGAAGAUUAAACUACAGGUAAAUUCCAAGGACUAUUCAUGGACUAAUAUUCUAUAAAUAUUCUUAUUGUAUAACUACUCAACAAUUACACUAUGGAUAUUUAUAUUCCUUUUAUAAUAAGCUUUAUUUUGAUCUAUAAUUUAUUAUUGUACGAUUUACGGUCCUUAAGUUAUGUUCAGUUUAUUAACUACUGCCUCCCUCAUUCACAGCCACUUUUUGGGCUUAUUUGUGUACAAUAUUAUUUCCUAUUUUAUGGUACGUUGCGGUUUGUCUGAUUGAUAUAUAAACCAAGUAUGUCUGAAAUAAAUGAUCUGGUCUGAUCUGCU